GCGAGUGACCGAGGGAAGCGGGAUCCUCAUGGACGUCUGAGUUCGCUCUGCGAUCCCUAUGUCGCCCUCGAUCCACUUGAAUUCCCCUGCUCUCGUCCUUUUCAUCGAACCCUAGUUGUUGCUUGCACUCCCCGCGACGUCUCCGCAAAGAAAGCCGGCUUUCUUUUGUCUCUCGCCUCUCCGAUUCUCACGAAGGAAGGCUUGUUUCUUCCCGAUUCAGGCACCUAGCUUCGACAUUUGUGAGCUGAGACCCUGCCAUGGACUCGUGGGAGACGUGAACCGCCCGGCUUGCCCCUGUCUUGCUCGAGUCCGGCGGCGUUCUGUUGUGAUUUGCUCGGUUUCUGGUAGGGCAGGCAUGGUGUUCGACCUGGUGGCACCACUGGGGAUGGCGGCGGCCACGUCCGACCACACUUCGGUAGUGUCGAUCAACCUCUUCGUGGCGCUGCUUUGCGGCUGCAUUGUGAUCGGCCACCUCCUCGAGGAGAACCGUUGGAUGAACGAGUCCAUCACCGCCCUCAUCAUCGGAUUGUGCACGGGGAUUGUCAUCUUGCUGACGACCAAGGGGAAGAGCUCUCACGUCCUAGUCUUCAGUGAGGACCUCUUUUUCAUUUAUCUUCUCCCACCGAUAAUUUUCAAUGCCGGGUUCCAGGUAAAAAAGAAACAGUUUUUCCGUAACUUUAUGACAAUCAUGCUGUUUGGUGCAGUUGGAACAUUGAUUUCCUUUUUCAUAAUUUCUUUCGGAGCCAUUGCAUUGUUCAGAAAAAUGGAUAUUGGUUCACUAGACAUAGGAGAUUUUCUCGCAAUAGGGGCAAUAUUCUCAGCAACAGAUUCUGUCUGUACCCUGCAGGUUCUUAAUCAGGAUGAAACACCUUUGCUGUAUAGCUUGGUUUUUGGUGAAGGUGUGGUGAAUGAUGCCACAUCAGUUGUCCUUUUCAACGCAAUCCAAAAUUUUGAUCUUGUUCAUAUUGAUGCUAUUAUAGUGUUCAAGUUUUUGUCAAACUUUUGUUAUCUGUUUAUCACCAGCACUUUCCUUGGAGCAUUUAGUGGCUUGCUAAGUGCGUACAUCAUCAAGAAAUUGUAUUUUGGGAGGCACUCCACUGAUCGUGAAGUUGCACUAAUGAUUCUCAUGGCGUACCUAUCAUAUAUGCUGGCUGAAUUGUUAGAUUUAAGUGGCAUUCUCACAGUAUUCUUCUGUGGCAUAGUAAUGUCACACUACACCUGGCAUAAUGUGACAGAGAGCUCAAGAGUUACUACCAAGCAUUCCUUCGCAACAUUGUCAUUUAUUGCUGAGACUUUCUUGUUCCUUUAUGUUGGAAUGGAUGCAUUGGACAUCGAAAAGUGGAAGUUUGUCAGUGGAAGCCCUGGAAAAUCAGUUGGUGUUAGCUCAAUUCUCAUUGGCUUGGUUCUAAUUGGAAGAGCUGCUUUUGUUUUCCCACUGUCCUUCUUAUCCAACUUGACAAAGAAGUCUCCUGAUGAGAAAAUCAUCUUUAAGCAACAAAUCACAAUAUGGUGGGCAGGUCUUAUGAGAGGUGCUGUUUCAAUGGCACUUGCUUACAAUCAGUUUGCGAGAUCUGGCCAUACACAAUUGCGAGGGAAUGCGAUAAUGAUCACCAGCACAAUAACAGUUGUUCUCUUUAGCACUGUGGUGUUUGGAUUGAUGACAAAGCCUCUCGUGAGGCUUCUAUUGCCUCAUAGCGCAAAGCAUCUUAGCAGUAUAUUAUCUGAGCCAUCAACUCCCAAAGCCCUGUCAUGUCCACUUCUUGAAAACAGGCAUGGAUCAGAGGGUGAAAUGGGAGGCCAGCUCAUACCUCGACCAACUAGACUGGGAAUGCUCCUGAGCAAGCCAACUCACACGGUUCAUCACUAUUGGCGCAAGUUUGACGAUGCAUUUAUGCGUCCAAUGUUUGGUGGGCGAGGUUUCGUUCCUUUUGUGCCUGGUUCACCAAUUGAACAAGACCUUCAUGAAUGACAAUAGCCCGCAAAGGAAAUGGAGAAAAAAAAAAAAAGUAGACAAUGGAAAGAAAACAGCGACGAAAAUAGUUUCAUUGUACAUAUGGGUAUGGAUACUCUUUAAAUCUUGGACUUUGUUGAUCUUAAUGCUGGAUUGCUGUGUACAUAUUUUCUUCUCAUCGUUUGAUUGGUAUGCUUAGAGUCAUAUUGCUAUCAGUUCAUCGAAGGGCUUCUUUGUUUUUGUGGUAUGUAGUGACUUUGUGUUUUACUUGCCUAAAGAUGCGAGGUUGGAUGUCAUCUGUUAUAUUGUAAAUCUGUUGGAAAUUACUUCAUUAAUGGUUACUUCUUCAUUAUGUCUA